AUGAUGGCAGGAAACACAGCUCUCCACCUGGCCUGUCAGAAUGCCAAUACUCAGAGCGCCCACGUGCUGCUGCUGGGAGGCUCCAGACCAGACAUCAAGAACAAUGUGGGGGACACCUGUUUGCAUGUGGCAGCACGCUACAAUCACCUGGCCAUGAUCAAGAUUCUGGUGGACGCCUUAUGCUCUGUUACGGCGAAAAACCAGCUAGGGGACACUGCUCUCCAUGUGGCGGCUGCCCUAAACCACAAGAAAACUGUUCAGCUCCUCCUGGAGGCAGGGACUGACGGCAACGCACGAAACAACGCAGGGAAGACUGCCCUGGACAAGGCCAGAGACUACAACCACAAAGACGUGUCACUCCUGCUGGCCAGAGCUCCUCAGGUUCACUGUUUCACUAGAGAAAGGACGGUGAGGAAGAAAAGGGACCGGCUGAAAGCAGAACGCAGAACCCAGUCUGUCACUAGAGAAGAAAUUCUGCCCAACAAGGACAGUGGGUAUGUGGCUGAGGCGUCUCACGGUAGUGAGCGUAGGGCCAGCAGAGCAGGGCUGCCUCACCAUCAUCACCACCGCCUUCACUACAGUAAAACAUCAGUCACCCCAACCAGCCCUUACCACAGAAGGAGAAGACAUAAGCUUUUCAAAGAACAGGCCUUGGCAGAGGAUACUCCGAGAAGAAGAAUGAAUGGCCAUCCCGAACUCCACAGGAAGAGCAGACUGUGUACACAUGAUGAAGCCCUUCCGCCUCACAACGGCAAAACCUAUCAGCUAUACACCCUGUACCGCGACAAGGACGGCAAUGUCAAACAGGCCCCAGCCAAUGGCUGCCACUGUAAGCCCCUGAUCAAGAGGCUAGAGGGAGAGCUGAACGCCACUAAAGAGGAGAUGAGGACACAGAUGCUGACAGUUCAGGAGCAAGUCUAUACUAGGCUUGGGAGGAUGGACCGCAAGAGCAUACACCAGGCCUGUCUGCUACCAGUCAAUUCAAUUCAAUUUUGUUGCACACAUGGCUUUUUCUGUCUCAUACAGAAAGACAAACUGCAAAUACAGCCUGUAAACCUCCACUCGAAUUUGUAUCAAAGUGCUGGACAUGUUGACCCAGGAGAGGGUGGCAGCAGAGAGGAUGGAGUGUCUCUACAGGAUGGACCAGACAGCUGCCCAGGGCAGAGAGGAGGCACAGAGGAGACAGGUGAAAUCAAAAGUUACACUACCCAGAAGGCACACAAUUUGUGGAAUGACCCCUCUAUGUCUCUCUGUGGUUCAAACCCCAAGCAGGCAGCAGCAACCCAGGAGUUGAAGAGGUGGUGCAUGACUCAGAUCCAGGAUAUGGACCUCCACCUCCCAGCCCACCCCCAGUACUACAAGCUGCUCCCCUCACCGUCUGUGGAGCAGUCUGUGGGGGACGAUGGAGACUCAGAGUGCCUCCCCCUGCUCUCUGUCUUCUCUGGGGACAGCAGCAGCUCUCUGGCUAACUACGUCAACCUGCUGCCAUGCCCUUCACCCUCGCCUUCAAUCACCCACAAUGCACCACACAGUCCGGCAAUGGAGCAGGGCCAGGGAUCGGGCAGGAAGUACUUUGAGCUGAAGCUGGACAGAUCACCAGAGGACGACCAGAACACUACUCUUCUCCCUCUGCUAGCUCACCGCCAUCACCCGGGAAUCCUCCUGAGCUCUACCGCCACCCGGUGUCAGCAUCCAGAACUACUCGACAAUCACAUUCCGGGGCUGAUCUGGGAUGGCUGCUCCAGCAGCAGCCAGUCUCCCACCAGCAACCGGAAGCAAGGCCGGGGCCAGGACAGCCAUGGCUGGCACCACAAGAAGCACCUCCGGGACCGGAUCAGGACGCGCGGCCUGAUGAGACCACCCAGUGUCGGGACCAGGACCCUAGAGUUCUUCAUGGACAGACCCCCUGAGCCCACAUUCAGUCAGGAGAGAAACAACCUACACGCCAUGGAGGUGACCCAGACGUUUUUUGAGACAGUGUCCACUCAGCUGGAGUGCUGGUAUGAGAGGAAGAUCCAGAAUGCCAAGCGGCAGGCAGAGCUCAGGGCACAGCAUGACAGGGCCGAACUCCUGCAGCGAAUUAGAAGCCUGGAGGAGGAGCUUGAACAGCUCAGGAUGACCAAUGGGAGCACAGACAGUUGAUGCCAACCGGAUUGACAUCAUGAGUUUGAGCAGAGGAAGAGAUGAAGCGAGAGGGUUUACUUUGCCCAAAAUCUGUCCACGAAAAUAAGACCGCAAAGUGAGGAAUUUUUUAUGGAGGACAAUGAGUCGAAUUUGGAUAAGAAAAACUUGAAUUGCUUACUUGAUCAAAUAAAAGUUUCAAAAUGGUUAGGUUGUUAUGAAUGUAUUGAUAUAAGUGAACGCAUGUGGCAUUUCGGAAACCUAAAAAAAAUAAAACUUAAUCUGAGUUGUGCCUUUUGUUCACACGUGUAUCUGCCCUCUCAUUGCCUAGAAUAGUCCCACCUGAUCUCGACUCCUUUGGCCUGCAUUCCAUCAAAGACAAUACAGUGCUUCCAUCUUUGAGGACACUAAUUUCCAAUGUUAGUGGUCACUCGACUAUCUUGUCAAUAUAAUAGAUUGUCUUUGGUUAGACCCUUACCUUAACCUAAUUGUAACCCAUUUGAAAAUGAAAUAUCACAUCUGCUACGUCCCCUUUGUUUUUCCCAUUUAUUGCUUAUACAGUGCUUUGCAAAAGUAUUCAACCCCCUUGCCGUUUUUUUUCCUCAAUUUUAUUCCAUUACAACCUGCAAUUUAAAUGGAUUUUUAUUUGGUUUUCAUGUAAUGGACAUACACAAAAUAGUUCAAAUUGGUGAAAUGAAAUGAAAAAAGAUUUAAAAACAGAAAAAUGGUGAGCGCAUUUGUAUUCACCCCUUUGCUAUGAAGCCCCUAAAUAAGAUCUGGUGCAACCAAUUACCUUCAGAAGUCACUUAAUUAGUUAGAUUGCACACAGGUGGACAAUAUUUAAGUGUCACAUGAUCUGUGACAUGAUCUCAGUAUACAUACACCUGUUCUGAAAGUGUCUACAACACCACCAAGCAAGCAGCACCAUGAAGACCAAGGAGCUCUCCAAACAGGUCAGGGACAAAGUUGUGGAGAAGUACAGAUCGGGGUUGGGUUAUGAAUAAAUACCAGAAACUUUGAACAUCCCACGGAGCACCAUUAAAUCCAUUAUUAAAAAAUGGAAGAAUAUGGCACCACAACAAAUAUGCCAAGAGAGGGCCGCACACCAAAACUCACCGACCGGGCAAGGAGGGCAUUAAUCAGAGAAAACAAAGAGACCAAAGAUAACCCAGAAGGAGCUGCAAAACUCCACAGCGGAGAUUGGAUUAUCUGUCCAUAGGACCACAUUAAGCCGUACACUCCACAGAGCUGGGCUUUACGGAAGAGAAAAAAGCCAUUGCUUAAAAAAAAAAGAAAACACUUUUGGUGUUCGCCAAAAGGCAUGUGGAAGACUCCCCAAACAUAUGGAAGAAGGUACCCUGGUCAGUUGAGACUAAAAUGUAGUUUUUUGUCCAUCAAGGAAAACUCUAUGUCUGGCGCAAACCCAACACCUCGCAUCACCCCGAGAAUACCAUCCCCACAAUGAAGCAUCAUGCUGCGGCAGUGUUUUUCAUCGGCAGGGACUGGGAAACUUGUCAGAAUUGAAGAAAUGAUGGAUGGCACUAAAUACAGGAAAUUCUUGAGGGAAACCUGUUUCAGUCUUACAGAGAUUUGAAACUGGGACGGAGGUUCACCUUCCAGCGGGACAAUGACCCUAUGCAUACUGCUAAAGCAACACUCGAGUGGUUUAAGGGACACAUUUAAAUGUUUUGGAAUGGCCUAAUCAAAGCCCAGACCUAAAUCCAGUUGAGAAUCUGUGGUAUGACUUAAAGAUUGUACACCAGCGGAACCCAUCCAACUUGAAGGAGCUGGAUCAGUUCUGCGUUGAAUAAUGGGCAAAAAUCCCAGUGGCUAGAUGUGCCAAGCUUAUAGACACAUACCCCAAGAGACCUGCAGCUGCAAUUGCUGAAAAAGGUGGCUCUACAAAGUAUUGACUUUGGAGGGGGUGAAUAGUUAUGCAUGCUCAAGUUUGCAGUUUUUUUGUCUUAUUUCUUGUUUGUUUCACAAUUAUUAUUUUUUUGCAUCUUGAUAGUAGUAGGCAUGUUGUGUAAAUCA